UCCAGUGCCUCGGUUGUUGAAAAUAGCUUGGCUGCUCCCUGUCGCUAUGGCUAAUUCCUUAGGAACCGGUGGAUCCAGUUUGAUCCAUCCCUCUCUCUUUCGCUCCCUUUACCAACUUGUUGAGUCUUCCCUUUUCUUUGUUCUUGCUGUGAACGUUCGCCAUGUAACCGUUCGGCUAUAAGCCGCGUCACAUUUUUUAUUUUUUUUUUAAACGAUCUGCUGAAGUUCGAGCUGAGUCGAAUGUGCAUGUCGAUAAGACGGCGUUGGUGUCGCUUUUAAAGUGGAAAAACUCGACAGGGAGGAGGGGGSACGCACUUUAGAGGCUCUCACACAGCGACAGUCACCUGUAGGAGACUGCAGAUGUUGCACCUCUUGAACUUUUCGCUGCCUCUCUGAGCUUGAGCAUUAGAGCUGUUGUCUUAUCGGAUGGUUACAUGUUGAUCUGGAGGAAAAAAGUUUCUGUAUCUUCCUGAAACCUCCCUGGAUAAAUUAGAACCUCUGAAGAAAUGGAAAUGGAAACUUCUGAAGACUAUUCUACUAGUAACGGCCAAUGCUCUUCCGGCAAGGAGGACUCAAGAAUAGUGGUGGAUAUGUCACCACCUAAUGUACCAGUACAUCCCCAGGGUCCUAAUUCCCCCAAUGAAGUGGCUAUAAAGCAAGAGGAAGAUCUGGUGGAAGAUGGUGACAACAGCAGCACAGCACCUGAAGAAAUGGGUCACCCAGGAGAUGAAGGAGCAACACCGGAGGAAUCUGCGACGAGCAGUCCACACAAUGGACAAGACGGGUCUGGACCAAAUGCACCAUCAGACGCAGGGAUUCGACAACAGAAUGGUGACAGGCCUUUCCAGUGCAACCAGUGCGGUGUAUCGUUCACCCAGAAGGGGAACCUGCUGCGACACAUUAAGCUGCACACAGGUGAAAAACCCUUCAAGUGCCCCUUCUGCAGCUAUGCUUGCCGGCGCCGUGACGCCCUCACUGGCCAUCUUCGUACUCAUGCUGUUGGCAAACCACACAAGUGCAACUUCUGUGGACGGAGUUACAAACAACGGACAUCCCUGGAGGAGCACAAAGAGCGUUGCCACAGUUACCUCAGCUUGGAUCCUGGUGCCAACACAGGCCCUUACACAGGUGAAGUUCCAAAAGGGGGCAUGGCUGAGGCCGGCAGCAUGCCAGCCUUCGAUCGGCCACCUGUCAUUGAAAGACUGCCCACUAACGUUGGCAAGAGGAAGAGCACUACACCUCAGAAAUUUGUGGGAGAAAAGCUUCGCUACAGCUACCCUGAUAUAGGCUAUCAUGAGAUGCGCUUGAAAUAUGAAAAUCAUCCUGAAUUGAUACCAUCCCACAUGAUGGACCAGGCUAUCAACAAUGCCAUGACGUACUUGGGAUCAGACACCCUCCGUCCAAUACUCCACCAUCCAGGUCCAUCUGUAUCUAUGGCUGAGGUUGUUCCCAUUGUCAAUCCCCUUUAUCACCAUGUUCUACCAUUUAGCCAGCAACCAGAGCGUCCAGGAAACUGCGAAACACUUCCACCACAUCCACCCCAAUCCCAAGAGUUCCCCAGCCACCCAACUUCGAAUGGCCCUACUUCCUUAACUCGGCAGAACAAGCAACCUCAGGCAUCACAGGAGGAAUCAGCAAGCAACAGCGGCGUUGACUCGGCUGACUCGGCUCGAAGCAGCCCUCAGGAAAGGCAGGGGUACCUGAACACCAGCGCACCUGCAGGCCUCAGGUCACGAGCCAGUCCAGCUGUGGGCUCUGGUGAGCGAGUUAUUGAUGCGUCACCCAGGAGUGGGACAGGAGUGGGAGCAGGGAUGAUGCGUGUGGUAACAGAGCGGCCAGUGGGCCAUGAAGGGGUGCGGGUGUUCGCUCGAGACGGCCACGAGCUGCGAGCCUUUCAGUGUGAGCACUGUCGACUGCUCUUUCUGGACCACGUCAUGUACACCAUCCACAUGGGUUGCCACGGUUACAGGGAUCCCCUGGAGUGCAACAUCUGUGGUCACCGAAGCAAAGACCGCUACGAGUUCUCUUCGCACAUAGUUCGAGGGGAGCACACUUUCCAUUAAAAGGGACAAAACGGAAGCAAGCGGGAAGCCUUGGGAAUAAGACGAGCAUUAACCUGCUAUCCAUCCCUUCCCUGUGAAAGUGCAUAUAACAGUGGCACUGUAGGCAAGUGUAGCACAAUCAAAGACUACUUUUUAAGCUACUGGUUGUAAAUUGGAGCUGUUGAACAAUCACAUGAAGGUAUGGGCCAAAGACAUAUUUUGUACUUAUUUAAGUAACUUAGAACAAAGAAGUUUUUUUUUGUUUUUUUUUCCUCUUUUCUAACCAAUGAAUUGUUUAUGAGAGCAGCUGCCAGCUUUUAGCCGGUUUUUCAUUUUAAUUUUACAUGGAAUUAUCUUUCUUGGAGCUUUUGAGUUUUAAACUUUGUUCGGCUGCAACAUAGUCAUGUACCGUGAAGGCUCAAUUAAAUGUAAGAGAAAACGGAAAGUAGCUUAGAACAAUCUCACCAGUGCAUUACUGAAUUGACUGUUGAAAUUGAGGAUGAACAAAAAGAUAAAGGUGUAAUUUAAUUAAAUUAAGAUGAGAGGAGACAUGUCAGUUCCACUGGCAACACAGUGGCCACACAAUGUCAAACUAGUUUUACAAUCGAAUGCGUUUUAGAAGUGAAAAUGUAAUGUUUUCUAAAUUAUACUACAGAUUUCAAAAGGAUAUUCUAUUAUACAUGUACAUCAGUGUCAAUCUGAAUUAAUCCAUGGAUCCUUUGGUAACUGGAUGUGCUUCUUAACGACAAAAACCAACAAACAAGUGCAAUUUUUUUGAUUCAAAAUAUAUUAAAAUGAGAGUUAUUAUUAUUAUUGUUAUUAUUACUAUUUUACAUGGUUUAAAAUAGAUAGGAAGAAAUUUAGUUGACCUUUAAAAUAAAAGCUUGACUAAAUUGUUGAUAUUCCUGUGGAGGCACCAUAUUUUUAAUCGUCCUAUUGGGAGGUCCUGUUCUUCUUUACACACCAAUACCAAGUUUUUAUUUCAGUUUAAACCUUUAUGACAAACAGCUUGUAUUUCAAUUCAAUACUUUGCAUUUUAAAACAUUUUUUUUUUUUUUUUUUUUUUACAAUAUUGGUUUUUGAUGUGCAAAUCCAAUUGUCAAGGAAUUCAUGGUCUUGUUCCAAGACAGGGUGCCUUGGAACAAGUUUACUGUUUAGACUUUACAUCAAUGUCUAAACAUUUGACACCAGAUAUUUUAAGAUCAAAUUAAACUUAAUAUCAAAUGUUUUAUAUGAAUGUAACAUGGCUUACUAAUAAGCACAUUACAGUUUAUUGCAUGCAGGGAAAUUACUUUUGAACAUGCUAGUAAAUUAAAUGCAAAGGCCACUUACCUAUUUGCUCGUAAGACAGGGAUUUAAACCAUUGGGCAACAAAGAUACAUUACAAAGAUACAGACACCCUUUCUGAUGUACCUCACUUUUUAAUCAUUUUGGAUUUAAACAUGAAACUAUAUGAUUUAGUUUCCAUAAAAUGUGUAUUUUUGUUGCAUGGUAGUAGACACAUGCAUGUUGCACUGUUUGUCAUUUUCGCGCAUUAUCACCAUUGCAGAGAAACGGUUUACUGAUGCUGGAGCUAAAGUGUUGCGCUGCGUUGGUUUUCGUCUGCGGUUUUAUUAGGCCUAUCUUUCCGUAAUGGGGCUGCUCUUUUAUCUUCUCCUCUUCAACCCUCAUCUCACAAACAAGCAAGUACACACUAAUGUAUGUUAGUUUCCUUCACUUUGAAUCUUGCUUUGCUCACUUGCUAUAUGCCAUUACAAUCAUGUAUGACCUUUAACAGCAAAGAUCAAGAAAGGAGCAGUAUGAGCUAGGGGAUAAAUGAACAGAGUGUGGUUUCCCUACGUACAAUAGUACAAAUCUAAAGGAACUUCCAAAAACUGCAGCAUAUCAACUUUUAUACCCUUCAUCAGCUAAGAAAUAUGUAUUAAAAUGAUGUUAAGGCCAGUUACAAACUUUUUUACUGUAGUUCAUUGAAGCACAGCAAAUUUGGGUUAAAGAGCUGGUCGUUUCUUUGCUUCUCAACACUGAGCUCAGUACAGUAGACCAUGGUCAUGCACUUUAUGUAUGUCUAGGCAAUGCUAUUUUAAUGCAGGCAUAACAGAAAACAAUGCAGUUUAUUAGAACAAUCAUGGAGCAGCAUAAAAAAGGCAAAACUUUGUGUGUUUUUCUGAUAUCUUAUGAAUAUGCCUCUUUGUUGUUGUUUUUUUUAUAUAUAAGAAGUUCUUCAAGAUAUAAGCAUUAUUUGUUUCACACAACUUUUUUUUUUUUAAACAAUCCUGUAGGUUUCCUGGAUUCAUAAAAUCAAAAGGCAGGUUAUUUCUAAUUUACAUGUUGCCUCUUAGCAUACUCAUGGUAAGGUUUUGGUAUUGGAAAUUGUUUACACCUCGCAACUUUUAUAUUAAAUCUUUUCAUUAUUUUGUCUAUUUACCACUGUAUAUAUUUAAUUUCUGCAAAUGUUUAUGUUUUAGAAAGGGGUUAAUCUGGAAAAAAAAAAACAACAAGCUUUUAAUGUAUUGCUAAUUGCAUUUUCUUUAUGUUUUUUAAGCUCAAUUUGUAGGUAUAAUACAACUCUACCUGUCUGUCUUAUCCAAGCAGCCAUAUAAACAGAACAAAGAAAAAAGUCUUCUUUCACCCUCUGAGUACCUGAGGACUUUACUUGAAAAUUCUAAUCAUUGCUAAUGCUACAUGUUGUGCUUUUUGUAAGUUUUGAUGACGAGCCUAGUAAAUGUCUAUUUUUCUGCUGAAAUGUUAAUACAAAUAGUUUUGUGAACUUUGUAUGGUUUUGAAGUUUAACAAAUGUUUACAAGAUUGUACAAGGAGUGGUUCUGGGCGCAUAAUAAUGAUAUUGGCUCUGAAUAUUGAAAUUAUUCAGGAACGUGUGCCGACUGAUGAGUUUUCAUAUUGACAGACUUUCUAAUGUAAGGGCUCUCAGGAAUUAGAAUAGGCCUUGUAUUUUUUAUGUAGUUUAUUUAUCGAGAAAGAUGCACAGAGAUUUCAGUUUCUCUGAUGCCUCUUAACACUCAAAGUGGUGAAGGAAGUUGUUCAGCCCUGUAUUUUCUUUCUAUGCUCUUUUUUUAUCCUCAUUGUCUUUAUUUUUACUUUACAUCAUUGACUAUAUGAAGACACACAGCUGUGAACAUUGCAGUGUACAUUUUAAGGCAUGAUUUCCCUUAAUUAAAGAAAUGGUUUUACUGCUUCA